GCGAAUGAACGAGAAGUCGCACUGGCCACCGACCGCGUUCUUUGUAGGCACCGCGAAGGACAAGGAUUUGCUCGACGCCAGCUUCCCAAUCGUCGUCCGCAGUGUGGUGACACGGCACGGGAAAUUGUCAGCCGUAAGCGCACUUUGUAAGCAGCGCGUGAGCGUAAACGUCGUUGUCGCCACAGCGUGAGCCUCAAUCCACGCGCGCCCGUCUCUGUGUGUGUGUGCGUGUAUGUGUAGGAAAGGCAAGUGUUCGUGCGUGCACACCCACCGGUGAGCGGUGAGCAAAAAGGGUGAGCCGAAGUGAUUAAACGCGUGGAAACGCGUGAGAGUGGUGAAGAGUGAGAACUAUACGCGCGGCAGCGGCGUACCUGGUGUGGUGUGGUGUGUAGUGGUGUGUGCGAGUAGAGGAGUGCGUGGGUGUCCGAGCAGCUAUCGAGGGCGCGUCGGAGAGAGAGAGAGAUAUUAGCGUGAGUAGCGUGAAACGAAGUGAAGAAAACGGAGCCAUCAAACGACAACGGCGGAGACAUGAGCGGUCGGCCCAGGACUACCUCGUUUGCCGAGGGUAACAAACAGCCAAAUUGUCCCGUGAUGGGGGCAAUGAAAAUAAUAAGUAAGGACGGCUCCAAAGUGACAACGGUUGUAGCAACACCCGGACAAGGCCCCGACAGACCGCAGGAAGUGUCAUACACAGAUACUAAGAUAAUUGGCAAUGGAAGCUUCGGCGUCGUCUUCCAGGCGAAACUCUGUGAUACGGGCGAGCUAGUCGCCAUCAAGAAGGUGUUACAGGACAAACGAUUUAAGAACCGUGAACUACAGAUUAUGCGACGGCUAGAACACUGUAACAUCGUUAAGCUAAAGUACUUCUUCUACUCCAGUGGCGAAAGGAAGGACGAAGUUUAUCUGAACUUAGUGCUCGAAUAUAUCCCAGAGACGGUUUACAAAGUCGCUCGUCACUAUGCUAAGAACAAGCAAACGAUACCAAUCAACUUCAUCCGACUUUACAUGUAUCAAUUAUUCAGAAGUCUGGCUUACAUUCACUCGCUGGGCAUCUGCCACCGUGACAUCAAACCACAGAACCUUCUGCUCGACCCGGAGACGGCCGUGCUGAAGCUGUGCGACUUUGGCAGCGCCAAGCAGCUGCUGGACGGCGAACCGAACGUGUCGUACAUCUGCUCCAGAUAUUAUCGGGCCCCGGAGUUGAUAUUCGGUGCGAUUAACUACACCACCAAGAUCGAUGUGUGGAGUGCGGGCUGCGUUCUAGCGGAGCUGCUGCUCGGCCAACCGAUUUUCCCCGGUGACUCCGGCGUCGAUCAGCUGGUCGAAAUCAUCAAGGUCCUCGGCACGCCGACACGGGAACAAAUCAAAGAAAUGAAUCCCAACUACACGGAGUUCAAAUUCCCGCAGAUCAAGAGCCACCCGUGGCAAAAGGUGUUCCGGACGCGCACCCCACCGGAUGCGAUCGCUCUCGUGUCCCGGCUGCUCGAGUACACGCCGGGCACCAGGAUCACCCCGAUGCAAGCCUGCGCCCAUCCGUUCUUCAACGAGCUGCGGGAAGGCAGCAAGAGCCUGCCGAACGGGCGCGACUUUCCACCACUGUUUAACUUCACAGAGCAAGAGCUUGCCAUUCAGCCGAGCCUGAACCUGAUCUUGAGGCCCAGAAACCCGAACGACAUCGCGGCCAAGGCCUCGUCCAGCGGUGCCUCCAUGGAGGGUGGCAGCGGCGGCGGCAGCGGCAACGGAGGUGGUGUGGCAGGCGGCAGCUCGUCGGGUGCUGGUGGCGCGAACAGUAGUACCAGCAGUGGCGGCGGCGGUGGCGGCGUCGGUGCCGGUGCCGGCGGUGCCAGCAGCAAUAACGAUCCGAUCAACCUGCCGCAGCAGUCGUGUGGCGGUGCAUCAGGCGGCGGCCCGGACGACAUGACGACGACCGCGGGAGGCGACAGCAACGCAUGCCCACCUUCGGCAGCUGCCGCCACCUCAUCGAUGGGUUAGCUUUAAACAACUGUUGCGUGUAUCGAAAUGUGUGCGGAAACAUCAACAAAACUCGGGUCUCUUCGCGCGCCCAAUACGCUGCGUCGCGCUGGACGCCUCUCUGCUGGAGGCGCGUAACAACGGAACGGAACGGAACGGGGUGGACACAAAAAGGGCAUAAAAUCAAGAUGUGAACAGAAAUUUAAAUAUAGUCUUGUUUCGCUUUAGUGGAAGAGAAUGGGGAAGGUUCUCUCGGUGGAUGUUGAUGAUGGAGAGCCACGCAUUGUUGACCCACGUGUAGACGAGUGCAGCAGCAGGCAAACAAUAGAACAUCGCACAGACAGAAAAAAAGAUACAGCGAGAGAGAGAGAGAGAGAGAGUGAGUGAGAGAGAGAAGACAAAUAGGAUGGGAGGUGACAGACGGCCGCAAGAGACGAUUGUUUGAACCUUUAUUAAUAUUAUUAAUUUUAAUUAUUAUUUAAAAAUGAACGAAGCAACGUGUGCGCUGCGCCGCUUCCCUGCUUGCUGAGGUGUGUGCGCAGCGCGUUGAAGGUACAUUUCAAACGAAAUCCUUUUUUCCUCUUCAAGAUCGUGUUGGUCAUCGGUUGAUGUUUUCUUUUUUAUACAUACAUAUAUAUAUAUAUAUAAUAUAUACACCCAAAUAUAUUAUAAACGCGCGCCUCCCAGUUUCGUCGUACGAGAAAACUGCACGGAAAGUCGUGCUCUCUGGGAGGGCAGUGCAGUUUUGAUGGCCACCCCCGAGACUAAACCUGGGUGCUGAACGGGGUUGAGUGUUAUGAUGAAGCAUUGGUGGCAUACCGAAUCACGCAAGAGAGAUCAAGAAUAUUUACUAAAGUCAAGCGAAAAUCCGGAACACACAUUGUGUAGUAAAGAGGGGCAGCUUUCUUCUUGGUGGAAUCGCAGAGAUAUACCUUAUAAUCGUUAGACACACACUCACACCCAUACCUAGGCGACUUGUUUCACCUUUGCAGUACUACGAGACCGGGACAGAUAUCAUGAAAGAGUCAUCCUAACCACACUCGAGGAACACACACACUAAAACCUAUGAUAGUAGAUGAAUUAUUUUAAUGAUCGCAAAGCGCGCACCGUAAGGUGUGUGUCGAGAAGGGGUUUGAGCUGAUCGCGGACUCCGUGCUGCACUGGCCAUCUCUCUCCAUUGGAGAUCAUAUUGGACUCUCACGCGCUCGUGUGUCCGUUUGCAAUAUAUCUAGCGAAGUAGUAGUGAAUAGUGGGACAAAUUGGUGAAAAUUUGAACCAAUAAAGUCCAAUAGCUGAAAGGGAUGAAAAAAUGGCCCAUACAACAGCAACAACAACAAUAUCCUUGCACAGUAAGGACAAAGAUACAAAGUAGUAGUGAUGAUCAUGAUUCAAGUCGAACCUCCCUCUAGCGUGUAGGCUGCACCCAGAGAGCAAGAAGGAUGAAAAUAUAGCGAAACAUAAAAAGGAAACCCAACACGCGCGCAUCAUAAUAAACCGUUCGCUUCCGAGCGCGCGCCCUGUAGCAUACUCUGAUUGGUUUUUGGUUUCGUGGACGCCGCUGCUGUGUUAUGUGCGGCGUUCCGUGGGUUGUGGAAGGCUAGGCUUCCACUCGUGCCGGUGGUUGUUCUGUUGGGAAAGCAAGCAACAACUGCAUCAACCUUCGCCUUCGACUAGAAAAGGAAGCUGAGUGCGCGCGCGCGCGUGUGUGUGUUGUGGUUGGUUACGUUAAAUAAACGAAACGUAUUUUCCCGCAAACGGAAAGCGACGUAGCGUAAUAUUGAACUUAUACGUAGCAACCUGCGACCGAACAGUGGUAAAGUGUUGCCUGUGCAUAACGACGGACGUUACCGUGCGGCUCAGCGUGGCUUUAGACGUUAAACCGAGUUUUGUUCGUCGUGACGACGACAAUCCGCCGAAAGAACGAAUGUGGUGCCACGAGGAAACCCGUCGGCACCCCAGGGAUACGGUAGGAGGCUAUAGUAAGGAAGAACACGUACGGCAAGUUAUGUGUUGUGUAGGAAUUUCGAGCCUACCUGUAUAAAGCUACUAUUAACAAACUCAAUCCAGACCACGCUGUUGUGCGCAUCAUUCAUAUCUGCGCGUCGGACGAUCCACACUGGCAGAUCUCACAGUCUCACUGGGCAGUGAGGCUGCUGGCGGGACUGGGCUGGGCACCGCUGACCCUCGGGCUCACGGGCAGUGGUUACGUUGGUUCCCACCACUACUAGAUACACGUGGUGGGAUUGUAUCUUUUCGAUUUAAUUUAACCUUCUCGUUGUUAUAUCGGAACCGUUUUUGUCUAAAACAGUGGACAAAACAAACAUAACUAUAGCUGCAUGAUGACGCCACACACACACACACACGCGAUGGUGUAUCGGAAGCUGCGUCACGACCGUUGCUGCCCACAAGAUACGGGGGCCACACACGACGCAGUACAUAUAGGCUAUUCUUGCCUGUCUCUUCGUUGCGGGGAAACGAACCGACGAGACAGGAACCGUGUAUAAGUUUAAUCAUGGAAUGGUAAAUUAUUUUAAACCGAGAGAAAAACACAAAAAAAUUCAAACAAGAGAACAGAAGACAAACGCGGGAAAAAGGGUCAGAGAGAACGACGCUUGGAAAGAGAGAGAGAGAGGGGAGAUAGAUAGAGAGCGAAGGGUUAUAUAUCUCGUAAGACGUCUGAAUAAAAAAUCUUUGUAGUAAAUAAACAUAUAAUUUAUAAUAAAUAAAAAAUAUAUAAUGUAAAGAAAAUUAUAUACAUACUACUGCAUAAGUGAUUCAGAUUCAGAUAGUUCACUCAGAGGAUACCGUUAUUAGCGCCAAAAAUGCAUGAUGCAAAAGGAUGUGGAGAUCACAAUGGUGGAACUUCGAUGGCAAAUGCCGCCAAUUGAAACCAUGGCCAACCAUAUUGCGACCCAAUGUUGGUCCUUUGACAAAGGGCUUUCUCUCUAAACUGGUGGCGAUCACAAAUGACGGCAAAAAUGGAUAGAGAACAGUAGAGCAACGAUGGCGAUGGCGAAAUUGAAGACAAACAAAAAUUAACGCAACCCCAAUAUAGCAACAGUCCGAUUACAAAAACAAAUCCAAUCACAAGAAAUUAAGCAACGUCACUAUAGUUUAUAGGUAAUCUGUAGUCCAGCUCCAAGUCUCUUAUGACCACAAAACGAACACGGAAAAUCGAGCGGGAGAAAAACGGUAAGAGAAGCAAAGAAAAUCAAAGAAUAAAUUAAAACACUAAACCAGCCAGACAGCUCUAGUGUUUCAACGUAUAUUACACAAAAAGUCAUAAAGAAGUAAAAAGUUGAAAAAAAGUUUAGUAAAACAAAAAACUGAAAACAAAACACAACACAGACAAAAAACAAUGGCAAAUUUUAGCAUAAUUCUCACACGCACGCGCACGGAAGAAAUAAUCCCCCAUUAAAAAAACACUUGCGCAUCAUCGCGAAACGCAUCAUCGGCUCUUUUAAAUUCCCUUUCAAUUUCUCAACACACGCGAGAAAACACCAAUGUUUGCUAACAGAACGAUUGACACAACAAUAACACGUUUCCACACACACACUCAACACACAACACACGCCCGAAAGAUAAACGGGGUUCCAGUAUAAUCCAGAAUAGUUGUAUUUCCGUACGGAAGCAGGUGCGUUCCAGUAAACAGUAAAAAAAGUGCAUUGUUAGACAAGAAAAAACAAAGAAAAAGUUAAAACAAGUGACAGGAAAUGUAAGUAAAUUACAACACUAUUAUAAAUAACAUAUAACACUAUAUAUAUACAUAUAAAGAUUAACCGUAUCCUCUUCAAGGGCUGAGUGAAAGAUAGAAAGAGGAGCUGCGACCAUUUAGAUGACAUACGAGGAAUGUGUAGAGCAGCAAACACAGCAAAACACACAACUGACUAGAACAUGGAAGAAAGGUAAAUUGUUUUUGUUCUCAAACGUA